AUGUCGGUCCUGCGCAAACACUCUCACCAGAUGAACAUCCGUAUGCGAUCCAUCCGUAGCACCAUGGCAACAGACAGACCGAGUCUGCGUAGAAUGAAGAACAGUUACGUAACGGCACAGAUUACUACGCCAUACUCUGCGAACAGGUUCAAUCCUUUCGUUGCGAAAGGAAAACGCAAGAGGCUUGCCUCCGUUUACAGUCAGAGUACGAGCGAAGGACACACGGGGACUGAGUGCGAUAUGUCCUCCAGUUCUGACAGUGAGAAGGAAGAUAGCACGUUUGUGACAGACGCCACGUGCGCAGGCAUGAAGAACACGCCCAGCACCGAGAGGGUCAUUCCAAUCUUUCGCACUGGGUUGAUUGCCUAUGCUGGGGGGAAAGAUGUAACGACUGCCGUGGCCUCAGAGACACCGGCCCUAGAUGGUCGGUGCCUUGUGGAUGAUGACGAUGCGAGCACAGAUGAUGAGAACGAUGAAGAUUCUGAAUCAAAUGUCGAAGGAAAAACUGACCAUCCUCAACAGGGUAAUCUGUCUCGCGAUAGUGAGGGAAGUUUCAGCGGGCGAAGGGUCCGCAGUGUGGAUGGGUCAUUUGUCACGAAUUGCCUGCUGGCCCCGAGAAACAGCUGCAUGAGUGAUGACAUGGUCAUGCGCAAGAGCAGUUCUGUCUUCACGCUACCGAGGCGCUCAGAUCCGGGACCUUUAUCACCGCCACCUGGUAGCAAACAUACGAAACUUGCCUACGGGGAGUAUCUAAAAUCUGAACGAUACACCUACUUGGAACGAAUGCGUUUGAACAAGCAGAUAAAAGCUGCCAAAACCUUGGGCGUGAUCAUGGGCUGCUUACUUGUCUGCUGGUUGCCCUACAGUAUCAUGUGGCCACUCCAGGCUUUCUGUAACAACUGCAUCCACAAGCGCAUUUACGACAUCGCCAUUUGGAUCAACUAUUUCAAUUCGAGUGUGAACCCAAUCAUCUACUGCAUGUGUAACCAGUCGUUCCGGAGGGCAUACACCCGGCUGUUUUCAAACAGGUGA